GCAGGCGCAUAAGAUGGCAGCCUCAACUGCGUCCGCACCACCGCACCAGGACAGGUUGAAGUCCUUCGGGUUCGAUGAUGGCCGUGAAGAAGGUCUGCGCGAAUACAUCUUCGCGCGACCAGACUUGGAGACAUCGCUGCGCAACAAUCCAAAGGCGGUCCUUGCCGCCAUAAGCGAAUACACAGCCAAGAAACGCAUGAUCACCUUCGGAGAGGUCAAGAUCAACAAAUGUCGUGAGCUGCUGGCACAGAUGAACCCGCCCCCAAAGGCCCUCAUCGAAUUGGGUACAUAUGUCGGCAUGUCAGCCAUCGGCUGGGGCGACAUUUUGAAAUCGCUGAACCCUGGUGAGGAAAGCCAGUGCAAGGUCUUCGCAAUGGAGCUGGACCCGAAAUUCGCAGCCAUUGCACGAGACCUGGUCGACCUUGCUGGGCUGAAAGACAUCGUCACUGUCUUGGAGGGUCCAGCGGCCGACAACAUCCGCGCACUCAAGACUUCGCAUACUGUGGAUAAGGUCGACGUCGCCUUCUUUGACCAGUGGCAGGAAUCCUAUAAACCAGAUCUCAUAGUGUGCGAGGAAUCUGGUAUAUUUCGUAAAGGAACGGUCAUCCUUGCCGACAAUACUGACAGCCCCGGAACGCCUGACUAUAACCAGUACCUUGAAGAGUCCAGCGGUCGACAAGGUGGUGUCAAAUAUCAGAACGUGAAGCAUGAGACAGCUUCGAAGAUUGCGAAAAUCAUUUUGGCAAGUACAGUUCUUGAGGUACCUUGAAGGGCGCCUGAGCCGAAGCAUUACUUGUAGAAUUGAAUUUAUUGGCUC